AGAGUCUUGUAUCGUGAUAGGAUGUCAUGGUCAGCUAGGGGAAUGAUACUUAAAGCCCUCUUGAUCUCUUCUUUCCGUCAUCAUAUUGGCAUCAUCAUUCACCCUCGCUCUUGCCCUUUAAAUCUCACUUACAUCCUCCUGGCUAGGUACACUUCAACUCAAGACUUUCCACCCCAACUUCCUGUCUUCUCCCCCUCCUAUAAAUUAUCUCCAAGCACUCAACCACCGCAUCCUCAGAAUGUACCCAAUGAAAUUACUCGUACUCUUCUGCACUUUGGCUACGGCUGCUGUCAUCCCUAGGGCUGUGAAGGAUGUCCCAGCCGGCUACUGCUGUUUCACCCUCCAUGAUACCGCCUCCGGGAGCAUCGUACAGCAGAACCCAGACACUGGCUUCCUUUACCUCAAUGGAGGCCAACCAUCAGGCUGGUACUGCAUCAACCUGUCCAACACUCAAAAUGUCCUGCGGGAUGACUUCAACAAUGCAUGCUUCCUCGCCCCAGACGGCCUAUUUCAAUGCCUCGAUCCCACUAUCGGCCCUACAUCUUGGACUUUGACGAAGAGUGGUAGCAACACUUUGCUUGCCCAUGACAAAAGCACAACUUUCUCUUCAUGCCCCGCCAAGACCACUGGCCGGCUAUUAUACUCAACCAAGUCUGGCGAUGCCUCCCAAUGCAAGAAGAUUACUCUCAAGGCCCAGGAUUUCACAGGGACCUGUAAGAGCUUUUCCGCUCGUUCCUCAACGGAAUAGACACCCACUGUGGCACCAAUGGUCUGCAACCCUGGCUGGUUUCUUCUCAAUCCCAGUGACAUUGACGUCGUGGGCGACUGGCACUGUGAUGCAGAAUCUCUUCGUGAGAAUCACCU